CGCUCUACUCUCGAUCAACACAAUGGCGUCAAAUCGCGAAGAGCGCUUCUUGAUGCGCCAGCGAGGUGCUGGAACCCAUAAAGUCAGAAACGUCGACUUUGGCUUAUCAUUUCCCAUUGGUGGAAGGGCUCCCGCACCUGCUCCGGCGCCACUCCCCGCACAACGAUCGUCACGACGACAAAAAACUCCACAAGCUCUGCCGCCCCAGAGGUCAAGCAGGAGGACUCCAAGUGCAAACCCUACGCCAUCAGCGUCUGCACGUUCGCGAACACAAAGCGCACCCGAGAAUACUACUGCAGCGACACACAGGAAUCCUCAAACCUCGACACGAAGGACGUUGCCCCAGGUUGAAGGAGACGCGCAGGGCUCUUCUCAACGCUCUGCGCAAGAGAGUGUCCAAGUGCCUAACAGCCAGCCAUUGUCAUCACAAAGGUCUUCAAGUCGAGCUCCAGCGCCAGCGGAGCAUCAAACUCUCUCAGCUAAAAAGGGAGCGACGCCUAUCGAGCCGUCCGCCGUGAAGAAACAUCAUACAGCGUCAACAACAAGGAGGAGAGAUCCUGAUCGAGUGCUAAAUGACGUACCGGAGCAAACAGAAGAAGCUGAACCGACCUCAUCCAGACAGGACAUCCGCUCAUCCAGUCGCCUGACCGGCUCCUCACCUACAACUACCCUUCGUGCGCAAGAGCUCCUGGCUGCAGCAACUCCAACAUAUACUGGGAAGAGAAAGAGAGGACAGUCGGUCUCACAGCAGGCAGAGCCUGAAACACAGGAACAACCGCCUUCCACAAAGUCUGUUAAACCAAUUACGGUACCCAAACCUGGAAGACGGGACGUGUCAAUCAAAGUUUCUCCGCCGCACCCUCCCGAGGAGCAACCAAGGACAACGAGAACUCCUAAUCCACCAGUGGGUGGACAGAGGCGUGAGCGACGACGGCGGAGCAUCGUGCAAAGUAUUAAGAAUAAACAAGCUUCAGAGGAUACAGAACAUGGUGACGAGGAGGAAGCUGAGAACAACGAAGGCGAGGAGCCCAAUGAGCAAAGCCAGGAUGCCGCCGGACCAAAGUCAGCUAUCAAACACCUUGGUUCUAAACAGGAGAACCAGCGGCCAAAGCGAACAUCAGCGGGAUCCGCAGCUGAGCCCACCGCCUUACAGCCUUCACAGCGAGAGCCUAGUGAAAUAACAGAGCCUCAGGCCGAUCGAACAGUCCAACAAUCAAGACAACAGGGUAUAAGAAAACGCAAACCCCAGACUCGCUCUCCUCAAGGCCGCCUACGAGAAAGGAAUUCAGCCGGGCCUCAACGACCUGCGGAAACCGAAGCAGCGAGUACGUCUCGUCCUCCAAAAAAGCAACGACGGCGGCAAUCUCCUGCAGGCGCUUCAGAGGAUCAGAUAACCCGACGCGGGCGUCGGAAGAUCGACUCCGUUCCAAUCACUGUGCACCGUCUCGCCCGUCCUCGCGCUGCUGAUCAACACGAGGUCGACAGUAUCGAGACCCACAUUCCUCCUGGCAAGCACGGUAGUGUCAAUGCAGUUGAUGUCUUGAGCCAGAUAUGCAAAGAACUGGUCGACCGGAGCUUAGAUCGGAUCCAAACUGGCUUAGAGAACGCAUCUGAGGACGCAAUACGAACCGACCUUAAACGGAGAAAAAAGGCAGUCGAAGCAUUUGGAGAAGAACUUAACGCCCGAUUCCUUGAAAUGACCGAAGCACUAGACAAUAAUCUCGGUCUCACUACUCGUCUCAAACAAGCCAACAAGGAGAAAAUUGCUCUCCGCGAAGAGCUGCUUUCGAUUCGGCGCGAGAGAGAACGUAUCGCUCUCAGAAUGGAUUCCAUUCGAACCAAACACGAGCAACAAAGUAAAAUCGCACAAGGCCGCGAGGAUCUCAACGCCGCUCUUCACGAUAUUGAGCUCGCCGUCGAGCGUGGCCAAUCCGCUCAGUCUGCGCAGACCAAGGACACAGCCACGUCGAAAGAUGGGGCAAAACCUGGUCGUAGCAUUGAGCUUGAUCUCGUUCAUCUUGCGCAAGAUGUAAGCUCUUCAAGUCCAGGCGGCGGACUGCUACAUCAGGUCAAGAGCUUUAAUGCAUUUCUCGAGAAUGCAGCGAUGGUACUAGAGGGGCGGUAAUGGCCAUGCCUGAGAUGUGCAUUUAAAAAAUAUGGCCUAGUUACUUCCUAGUAUUUCUUUUCACUUCUCACUGGCAGUAUUUGCCGUUCACUCACCGUUCAUGCAAGCCCUUAUAUGCGGACCGCCAUUACUUGCGAGCUCUAAAGCAGAUGAAAAUAGAUGAAUAAUGUCAUUUUGGUUUGGCGAAC